AUGAGUGGAACCUCCCAUUUGCGCCUUCGAUCGGCCGCAUACGGGAACCCACCGACAGUCGGCCCGGUCACUCGCCCGGGCUUGGUGCUCAUAGAAAAGCCAAAGAUGGGGGACUCUGCGCCAAGUGCAGCUGGCUUUAAUUUGACUGGUCGCUCUUCCGUGAUGUCUGACGAUAUCCUCAAGCUGGCGAGGAUAGAAGCCAAACGAAUGCGCCGUGCGAAAAGUGCUAUUGAAAGUCCUACCGCUGCUUCCGCGAUUCAGAUGCCGCCGUCUGAAAUAAAUGUCACUCAGAAAAAACGAGACAAACAUAUGCAGAACGAUGCUUCCUCGUCGAAAUCGAAAUUCAGCAGCACACCUAGCAAAGUGAAUUCGAAGAUAUCUUCUUCCGUGGAUGUUAAACGACAACUCGAGCACUUGCGCAAUGAAAUAGAAGGGAUGGCGACUCAGCUUGCGGAUGAAGUCCCAAGCGAUGUCGAGGAUGUGGACAAGGAUUUCGACGACGAGUCGAAUCGAUGGUUCGCCCGCGAGUUCUACGCUGUCAAGCACGAGACAACUUUGAUUAAGAGGAUGCGCGACGAGCGAAAGCAAAAGAAUGGGGUUGUCAAAUUGCACAGAACUGCUCUUCGAUUGAUGCAAGUAGCUGCGAGUCGGCCGAUCCUCAGAGUGUUGAAUCCGCAUAUUUACACGCAACUUGGAGACUUGGUUAGAGAGCUUACAGACCUUUCUUCGCGACUGGAUCUCCCGCUGUGGGAGCCUCAUUCAAUUCUUGAAGCACUUGAACAGGCCGUCUAUUUUCCACCGCGCAAGAAUACAAACAGGCGGCAAUCGAUCAACCCAAGUGAUGUAGCGGAACUCUUGAAACCGAAAAAUCGAAAGUCCCAGUCCCGCAUCAAGCUCAAAGAGUCUGAGUCGCAGAAUCGAGAGCCACGAAGCAGAACGUCGCAGAUUCAAUUUGAUCUACCGACCAAGAUCUAUUCCGAUACUGGAAGGGGCACGGGUGGAUUCGUAAACAAAAAGAAGAGCAUUUUGAAAAAUUCAAAGACGCAGCUUGAUGAUAAUUAUGAAGAGAGGCCGACCAAGCCCCGACCGCGUCCGUCAACCGCGCGCACUUCAAGAUCAUCCGUCUCCAAAUCACGUCCGCGCUCUGCGCAGCCAAAUGUAAUCAGCAGACGACUUUGUCCAGAAAUGAGGAAAAAGGAAAAAGCUCCUUUCCCCUCGAGCGACAAAAGUCGACUGAGGAACAGAACCGGAAAAGGUCUUUGCUCCACACCGCCACCACCGGACACCCACACACCUCUAGCACCAAUAUCGAUUCCAGAUGGAAUGGCAAAAAAGGAAGAAAAAAAAAUCGAUUUUCGAAAUUGCGCCAUCGCGAAAAAGUGCAACGCCACCAGCCGAACACUCUGCUUCUAG